UUGUGAUUCGUCACUUAUUUUGUAUAAACUCUGCUUGCGUCUAUUCCUGUUUCUCUUUCUUUCACGCGACCCUCUAGUCACGAUAUUACCUUGUCUUUAAAUCAGCUGUUCAGCGAUCCUUGGAAGCACUGCAAAGAUGCCCAGGGAAGACAGGGCCACGUGGAAGUCCAACUAUUUUUUGAAAAUCAUCCAACUUCUGGAUGAUUUCCCCAAAUGCUUCGUUGUGGGUGCAGACAAUGUCGGCUCCAAGCAGAUGCAGACCAUCCGUCUGUCUCUGCGAGGAAGGGCUGUGGUACUCAUGGGCAAAAACACCAUGAUGCGCAAAGCCAUUCGUGGACACCUUGAGAACAAUCCUGCCCUGGAGAAGCUUCUGCCUCACAUUAAAGGAAAUGUGGGCUUUGUCUUCACCAAGGAGGAUCUGACCGAGGUUCGGGACCUGCUGCUGCACAACAAGGUGCCUGCAGCUGCCCGUGCCGGAGCCCUCGCCCCUUGUGAAGUCACCGUGCCAGCCCAGAACACUGGUCUGGGGCCUGAGAAGACCUCCUUCUUCCAGGCUCUGGGUAUCACCACCAAGAUCUCUAGGGGAACCAUUGAAAUCUUGAAUGACGUCAAUCUGAUCAAGACCGGCGACAAGGUUGGUGCCAGCGAGGCCACGCUCCUCAACAUGCUGAACAUCUCGCCUUUCUCCUAUGGACUCAACAUCCAGCAGGUGUAUGACAAUGGCAGUGUUUACAGUCCUGAGGUGCUCGACAUCACUGAGGCUUCUCUGCAUGCCAAGUUCCUGGAGGGUGUGAGGAACAUUGCAAGCGUGUGUCUGACGAUUGGCUAUCCCACUUUGGCCUCUGUCCCCCACACCGUCAUCAAUGGCUUCAAGAGAGUCCUGGCUGUCGCUGUGGAGACAGACUACUCCUUCCCCCUGGCAGACAAGGUCAAGGCCUUCUUGGCUGACCCAUCUGCUUUUGCUGCUGUCGCAGCACCUGUAGCGGCCGCAGCUGAGACCGCUCCGGCUGCUAAGGAGGAGGAGGCUAAGGAAGAGUCUGAGGCUGAGGGAUCAGAUGAUGACAUGGGCUUCGGUCUGUUCGACUAAAAUAAAUACAGCGAACAACCAAGAUUGAGUCAAAUGACACCAUGAUUCAAUAAAAAAAACAUCUUUACUCAA